GGCGGCACUCCAGUCCGGCUGGCUGCGCGUCUUGUUUUAUGGGGUAUCCGCGCGGCGCUCCGGUUCGCCCCCAAAUCUCAUUCCCAUGGGCCGGAAGAAGCGAACCUCCGCACCAAACCCUACUCCGCCACCGCUGGACGCCUCCCGCCGGUCGCCGGCGGCGGCGGAGAAGCCAGCCGGCAUCGGCAGGGAAGAUGCCGCCGUGCGCGCCGAGGUCGACAAAGCGCUUGCGUGCCUGCAGCGGGGCAGCCACGCGCGUGCGCAGCGCCUCACGAGGGACGCCAUCGCCCGCCACGGGGAGGCCUCACCGCUGCUCCUGCGGGCGCACGGCACCGUCCACGCUCGCGCCGCCUCCGUCCUCGACGACCACGCCAGCCGCGCGCGCCACCAGCGUACAGCGCUCCAGGCGGCCCAGCGCGCCGUCCAGCUCGCGCCGGACUCCAUCGAGCUGGCCCACUUCCACGCCAUGCUGCUCUUCGACGCUGCCACCGACUCCCGCGCCUACGAUGAGGUCGUCGCUGAGUGCGAGCGCGGCCUCAGCAUCGAGGCCCCCUCCGACCCCGCGCCCCACUCCCUCAGGUUGCCCGGCCCCGACGUCGACCAGGUCCAGUCCGAGCUCCGCAACUUGAUCCAGAAGGCCAACCUCGCCUCCAUCUCCUCUUGGGUCAAAAACAUGGGCGGCGCGGGGGACGACAAGCUUCGCCUCAUCCCUGUGCGCCGUCUAGCGGACGAGCCAAUGGAGGCCCGGCUUGUCCCCACGGCGCCCUCCCCGCGCCGCCCAAACGAGAUCAAGAAGGCGACCAAGACCACCGAGGAGCGCCGCCAGGAGAUCGAGGUACGCCUGGCUGCCAUGAGGCUGCUGCAGCAGCAGAAGGAGCAGAGCAAUGAUGUUGUGUCUGCUACCCCUGCCUCUUCCCGGUCACAUGGAGAUGAUGCCCCCUCAUCGUCUGAGUCAUCGGUGGGCGGACAUCGAGCUGACCGGAGAAAAGGUGGGUCUAGGAAAGCAACAGGCUCAUCCGCGUCUGAGCGCACUGACCAGGUGCGUGCCUACUGGGGCUCGAUACCAGUGGAGCAAAGGCUUGCAUUCUUAAACACUAGCAUUUCUGAGCUCAAGUCACACUAUGCUUCUGCAAUGCACAAGGAGAAAGAUGCUGCCAGUGCAGCAUCUGAUGUGCUCAAUGAGGUGAUACAAUUUGCCAACAAGCAUGACAAGUGGGAGUUCAUGGUAUGUGGUAGGUGUCGGGAGCAGUUUACACAUGUGGAGGCACACCGGUGGCAUGUCAUGGUUGAGCAUGUUGGGCUACUCUCAUCCGAGCUGCAGGAAAUGGUUCCGCAGGAGAUUGAUGCUGACUGGGCAGAAAUGCUCAGUGGUUGCAACUGGAGGCCAUUGGAUGCUACUGCCGCACUGAAACUUUUUGAGGAAGAUCAACACAACAACCUUGGACCAGAUAGGGAGGAUGAAUCGAAUUCGUUAGAUAGUUGGAGUAACAAAGCCAUGGACAUGUCAGAAUCCUCAGCCUGGUCACACAACGAGGAGUCUAGCGGUUUUGGAGUGGUGGUGAGGGAAGGUGACACCAAGUGGCCAUUCUCAGAUGAUGACGAAAGGGCCAAGAUUUUAGAAAGAAUCCAUUCAUCGUUCAAAAUCCUUGUGAAGAACCAUAAUCUUUCAGUGCACAAUCUAAACAGGGUGAUUCGAUUUGCUGUAGAGGAACUCAGGGGGUUGCCAUCUGGGUCACUACUGCUUAAUCACUCUUUGGACGAGUCGCCACUUUGCAUUCGCUUCUUGGAGGCAUCAUCACUGCAGAAAGUAGAUAAUUUCUUGCAGGACUUAAUGCAGGCUUCUGGACUUAAUAGGAACUUACAGAAGGCUGAAGGAUUAGGUGACGGGGAUAGUUUCAUCCAAAACCACGAUGUACUAGAGAAGGUUACCCUUAAUUCUGAUUCAUCAGAACUGAUCAUUGAUGGGCACACCUUCGGCGGAAAGUUUGAUUCCGAGAGUGUUGAUACUGAUGCAUUGCUUUCAUGGCUGUACGCCGGAUCUUCAAUUGGUGAGCAGCUAUUGGCCUGGAAUCGUAUGAUCGACGAAAGGUCAAAUCAGUGCGUCGACCUUAUUCGAGCACUUGGGAGGGAGUUCAACAACCUGCAAAACUCAUGUGAACGGAAACUUGAACAGCUGAGAAAUGAGGAUGCCUUUACUUCUGUGGAGGGCCUCUUUUGUGAAGAGCAAACACGAAGGGAGCAGGUGGGACGGUAUGGAUUCCAAACUUUCGAGGAGCUCCUCAGGAAGCGGCAGGAGUUUUUGGAACACAACACUGAGGAGCAGUCCGACAGUAACAGAUCUGAGAUAGAUGCAAUCUCAGCUAUUUUGAAGGAACUUCACACAUCACACUUUGGUUAUGAUGAGGCCCUUACUGGCAUGGCCCCACGCUUUUCUGACUUCGAUGGGGGCGAAGAAGAUGAAUGGAGGCUGCAUGAUUUUAUACAUCCAAAUGAUUCAAUGGUACACAUGGUUGUAUCAAAGAUGAAGGAACAUGUUACUAUGGAGAUUAGCAAGAUAGAUGCUAAGAUUAUGCGAACUUUAUCUGUGAUGCGGCAACUAGAGCACAAGCUUGGACCUGUUUCUGCUCUUGAUUAUCGAAUGAUUCUUUUACCCCUUAUGAGGUCGUUCUUGCAGAGCCAUUUGGAAGAGCUGGUGGAUAAGGAUGCGAGAGAGAGAUCUGAUGCUGCAAGGGAAGCCUUCUUGGCUGAACUUGCUUUGGAUGCUAAGAAGAAUGCAAGCAAAGGGGGUGAUAUGAAACAAUCCCAUGAAAAAUCAAAGGAUAAGAAGAAGUUUAAGGAUUCUCGUAGGGCAAAGGAGUUCAAGGAUUCAAGCUGGAGCGACCAGUCUCUCAUUCACCAAGACAGUGCUGACGAGGAAACAACAGAGACAUUUCAAAUUCUUGCUGAUUGUGAUGAUCUGGAUUGCAAAUUCUCCACAAGUGAUGAUUACUUCAAUGAACAAGAGGAAGAACUUAGGCAUAAGGUACAACUUGAAGCAGAGGAACGAAAGCUGGAAGAGACUCUGGAAUAUCAACGGCGGAUAGAGGAGGAAGCAAAGCAGAAACAUCUUGCAGAACAAUGUAGAAGUACUUAUGCAUCUUCUGUAAUUGGUACAGCUCGUCUUUCAAGCACUGGGAAUCAGGAUAACCAUGAAAGUGCAAUCAAUCACUCUUCCCGUACUUAUCUCGAAGGCAUAAAGUUUGGUGAUUUUCGCUACACCGAGAACAAUUUCAGCCAGAAACUUAAUGGAUUGGAUUCAUCUGAUGCACAUGCAUUAACCAGCAGUGAUAUGAAUGCUCCUAGAUGGACCAGCACUUGUAAAAUCGCUCCCUACGCAAACCACAGCUAUCAAACUGGAAAACAAAAUCGGCUACAUGUGUUGCCUUCAGAUGAUCUGCAAUUUGCUCAUAGAGAUCACGCUGCAGGAACAGAGAAGCCAAAUUUUGAGAAAGUUGGCAGUGGUGCAAUACCAUCAGCGGAUUUGUGCAUCAAGGAUGAUUUUGAUAAAAGGUUUCAAGAAGAUCUUGAUGAAGCAGUGCGCCAAAGCCUUGGAUACGAUGCUUAUCCUGCUGGUACAAUAAGCACUUCAAAUGAAACAGAAGUGUAUGGCACUGGCCUUAAAAAUGCCGCUGGUGAAUACAAUUGUUUCUUGAAUGUGAUUAUUCAGUCAUUAUGGCAUAUAAGGCGGUUUCGGGACGAGUUCCUUAAAACAUCAUCACUGCACAAGCAUGUUGAAGAUCCUUGUGCUGUCUGCGCUUUAUAUGGUAUCUUCAUUGACCUGAGCAAAGCAGCCAAGGGACACGGAGAAGCUGUUGCGCCUACUUCAUUGAGGAUCGCUUUGAGCAAAUCCUACCCGAACAGCAAAUUCUUUCAGGAGGGCCAGAUGAAUGAUGCAUCUGAGGUACUGGGUGUAAUCUUUGAGUGUUUGCAUAAGUCAUACACUUCGCGUACUGUCUGCCAUGGUAAACCUCAUGAGAAGAAUUCUAUUGGAUCAUGGGAUUGUGCAAAUAUUUCUUGCAUAGCACAUAGUCUUUUUGGGAUGGACGUAUAUGAACGGAUGAACUGUCACAAUUGCAAGAUGGAGUCUCGGCGGCUCAAAUAUACUUCAUUUUUCCACAAUAUUAAUGCUAGUUCACUCCGAACCGCGAAGAUGAUGUGUCCAGAUUCUUCAUUUGAUGAACUUUUGAAGGUUGUCAUAAUGAAUGAUCAACUAGCUUGUGAUCAAGACGUUGGCGGCUGUGGAAAACCGAAUCACAUACACCACAUCCUUUCUACUCCCCCACAUGUCUUUACAGUUGUUUUGGGAUGGCAGAACAACAAAGAGAAUGUGGAUGACAUAUCUGCAACUUUGGCUGGUAUUUCAACUGAGAUAGACAUUAGCAUAUUCUACCGUGGCCUAGAUCAAGGAAGCAAACACACCCUGGUGUCAGUGGUUUGUUACUAUGGCCAGCAUUAUCAUUGUUUUGCCUUCAAGGAUGGACGAUGGGUCAUGUAUGAUGACCAGACAGUCAAGGUUGUAGGUAGUUGGGGUGAUGUGCUCGUGAUGUGUGAAAAGGGUCACUUGCAACCCCAAGUGCUUUUCUUUGAGUCUGCAAAUUAAUCAUUCUUCAGAGUCGUAAAGUGUUGUGCAGUGGUUAACAUGCCCUCAAAUAUAGGGUUUUUACCUGUGGCCGUGAAGAUUAGAAAUAGAGUAGCAAAUUCGUUUUGAGCGGGGGUAUAGAGUAGCAAAUUCAACAGCUGCGUUGGUCUCUGAGCUUUGGUCGAGCCCCUCGUAAUAAGUAGUCACCUGAGGAUUAAAGGAGAGCUGUUUACCCCUCUGUUUUUUUAACCUUUGGUAUACUUGCUGAACUUCGGAUCCUUCAUCUGCCAAUGAGAUUUCACUGCCGAUCAAGUUGGUGGGGACGCAUUCGACAUGAACUGCCAUCCAACAAUUCUAGCCGGAUCUGCCUAAAGCUCUUCAUUAUGCACCAGUUAUGUAUAGAAUUUUGUGCUUACAAUGAGGUGACAGGUAUAGGAGUGUGACUGUUUUGAGGCCAGAAGGUUUAGAGAAUGGAAGGAAAUGGAAUUGUUGGUGCGGUGUGUAUCUGUGGAGUACUGUUUGAAAAGAGGAACGAUAUCUGGAAUACGGUAGACUUUGAGAAAUCUGUAGUACACGAGUCUAUGUAAACAGGGACUCGAUGAGAUUAUGUGAGAUGAGUAUAGCGAUGAAUACCAGACUCCUUAUCACU